AUGCAUGAGACAAAACUUGGAGAGCAUAAAAUACACUACUACCCUGUUUGGGACUUCCAUGGGUUGCCUAUUGAAAAUAAGGCUCUGCAGGAGUCAAAGAUGAAUGCUCUUUUGUUACCGCCCAAUGUCAUACAUGCAGCAGCCAAAGCAAUGGCAGAACACGAAAUGAAGAUGCAGCAGAAGGAAUUCGAGCAGUAUUUCAACAAAUGGUUGACCAAGCCUAUACCACACCACAGUCAUGAGCACUGCUCUCCGAGAAGUCUUGGCCAAGGAUCCUUUGGCAAAUUUUCCAGUAUGAACCACUACAUCUUGGACUCUAACAGCAAACAUGGGCAUUGUCAUUCAUCUUUCAAGAAGGAUGCUCUUGUUGUUGCUAAAGAUCAUCUUCUUGCACUAGAGCACAUCAUCGGACCCCACAAAGUUAUUGCUGAAAUCAAGGGGCACAGAUCUGGCCUUCUGCAAGGCCCCACAGAUAUCAUAUGUCAUGUUGAUGAUGCUGGCAAAUUUUCUCUCGGUGUUGCUCAUGUCGUAGGCGAAGAAGCUGUGCAAACACUAGUAUGUCAAGAGGUACUCAAGGGUGGAAACAAGGCUAUUGUCAGACUACUGGAGUCCAUUGGGUCCCUUUCUGACAGGGCCACCUCGCAGUGGUUUGCCAACCUGGACAGCAUCAAGGAUAAUGUACUCCAUGCGCUGAAGGAUCUCGCAAUCUACUGGAGUCAUUCAUUCACUCGUGUUCUGAAUGGUGCAUUUCUCGCCAGUGAGUGUGGGGUGUCCCAAUUCCGGCUAUAUACCACUGGUAGCCCAUACAGGUGUGAUCGCUGUGGCUACUAUUGUACAUUGCUGCUCGGUCAUUUGCAGCAAGAGCAUGAAACAAGACAUGAAUCCAUGUCCUCGUCACGAUGGGCAGUUGAUGGCCCAGAUGACAAGGGUCUUGAGGUCGAUGACCGUUGCUUCUCAUCAAAUGAUGAGGGGAAUAACGAGGUUCAACAUAUCCCUAAGCCUAACCAAGAAUGUGCCAAGGACUUCAUGAUGCACAAUCUCUUCUGGCGGCAGGCUGGCUUCAAAGCCCCCAAUUCUUGGGACAACCAAGCAGAUUUUGCCAAGUGGAAUCCCAUGAUUAUGCAGCAAGCAUUCCAUGUACAUCCCCUCCUGAACCCGCCUGUCUCAGACAGGAUAGUGUAA